CUCAGCCAGAAAGAUCAACAUUUAAUCUCCUGUACGGAAGAUCGAGCUUCUAUCUAUAAUCGAGAACAGUUUUCUGCAUAAAGUGUUCAUCAAAACAUCAAGACUAGUAGAUAAGUGCCACUCCUACUCGGAUACUCGCGCAAGUUACGACCUUCAACAGCUAGAAGCAGAAAACUCGUAAUUUAAAGAAGGACAUAAGUGAUAUAAUCGAAUGAGAAAGAGACGUAAUUCUCUCCACAUACAGUUCAAAGAUUUAUAAUGAGUAUCUACGUAGCAGUAUGAAGUUUUAAUUCGUCCAUAUAAAAUAAUUCAUCCGUCCAUUCUGCGACACGUCACACUUCGUAGUUCGUUACGCAGGUAACAGGACCCUCGAGAUUCGGUAACCACACGUAGUGAAACCUGAGCUACGAGAUGGAGAGUUCAUCGAGUACAGAAGGCUCUAUACUGUUUCGUGAGAUUCACAUGAAUGGCUGGCUGAGACGCGCUGAGAAAAGCGACAAAGAAGUCAAUAGGUUCUGGGUUGUUUUCUGCGUGCACGACGACAGCGAACCGCGUCUCGAGGGUUUCCCAGAUCAAAAGGACGUAGCAGCGCACUCGCCUACGUGGACCAUGUCCUUGAGAAACGCAUUACAUUUAUCUCCAACACUAUGCGCCACCCAGAGACACGAUUUUGAGUUUUGUGUCAACUUCAAUGAUGACCGGGUCCUCAGAUUGGCAGCUCCGACUUAUCAGUUGAUGUACGACUGGGUGCGGGUUGUAACGCGUAAGCUUACGGAUAUGAAAAUUCUGAAACCUAAGGAGAAUGUCUAUUCCAAGGGACCUGAACGUCUCGCGACGAGGGACCCGACUAGCCCAUUGCCUCCACCGCCGGCACCUACACCUGGGUCGUCGAAUAUGCCGAGAAGUACAGGGGCUGCAAGGUUCGAGGUAGCUAAUGUAGCUAGUACAUCAAGUGCAAUUCGUGAAGUCAGGGCAGAUACAACACCCUCUGUGUUCACCUUUGAUCUUGUAGCUGUGGAGGAACGUCGACCUAGACCUCAACUUCCUCAGAGAACUCCGCCGAUUCCGUCCCCGAGAGUCAUUCCAAAUCCUAGUACAGAUGAGGAAAAUUCGAGUUACGAAAGUCUCUUUCUGGCGACCUCAUACUCACCUACGGGAGGUGUAACGAGGGUCCUCAGGGAACCAGGUUCCUCGGAAAGUUCUGACGAUCACUAUACAGCCCUGAUUGAGUACAGAAGCUCCCCGGCGAUCACGGACAACCCGAGAAACCAUCAGACUCAAGCUCCAGGCCUAUCUCACGUGGAGAAUUCAAAUGCGAACAUGCGGCUGACGCUUAGGCAACAGCAAUUUCUGGAACUCGGUCGAGAAAUGAAUCAUCCCAGUGGAGUACGGCUACUCUUAGGUCGACGUUACUGCAAAGACAAUAUCGCCUUCGUCGACAUCUUCGGUGCUGUCUACAUCGCCGGUUGGAAGCGCGGAGACUUUGGAUUCUCGUACAACGUCCUGCACGUGGGGGACAGGGUUGUCAGUGUGGCUGGAGUCUCUGUUCCACGAGUAGCAGUAAUUCGUAACAUCCUCAAAAGUCGAACGACACCAUACGUGAAGCUGGGAAUCCGAAGGCUGCCUCAUGGACGUGCAUUGCUUCUAAACAGACGAUCAGACGAUGAGAGUUUUGGCUUGGAGGUCAAUGGCAACGAGGUCAUUGGAAUGAGCGAAGCGGUACAACGUCGAGACGUUACUCUGCGAACUCCAGCAGCCGAUCCAGAGGCUCGUCCAGGUACAACGGUUAGCUGGACCUUAACUGAGGUCAAUGGACGGCCCCUGAAUCUUUUUGAAUGCACAGCAGGCGAUCGUCUCUCUGCAGUAGGUCGUGACAUCUCUAUUGUGAUGCAGCCAAGCGAUCUAGUUACGGGUUUACGGAAGAAGCUACGUGCGAUUCGUAAUUAUAAGCAAUUCGUUGUGCAGUGAGAGGUCGGAAAAUAAGAAGAAUAAGAUGGAUCUGAAAAGAAGUUGAAGGUUUCGAGAUAAAAAGAACGAGGAAGUCGUGCAGUUUAUUUGACGUAGCUUGAGGAUAGAACCUGGAGACUGAGGCCAACAUUGGGAGCAAUAACACGUUUCUAGUUUGUCCCGUGGAACGAGUCUGACCUAUUUUGGUAUCUAAAUAAACUAGGAGUCAGGAUAUCGCUGCAACGAUUACGUGACUGAAUAGUUCAGCGCCUGGCGAACGCACAAAAGCGACAGCUGUAAGGGACAGCUGUUAGAUCCUCUAGAGCAAAGUGUACUCUGUGAUAACAUAUAGAUAUAUGUGUGCGAAUAUACAAAUAUAUAUAUAUGCCUGUAUGAUUGAAAGGUAGUACGAGAACGAGACUCGCGUUCUGCGUAUUACGUACGAGGUAAAUGCGUGCAAUAUGUAGUAUAUUUAUGCAUAAACGGACAUUGUUUUUGGUAAAUAAAAGGACCAAUCAAUAACUUAUAAA